UUAGCAUAAGUAUCCCAAAUUAGUAAGACUGAAUGUAGUCAUUUUGCAAUACAAAGACGUCGUAGCCCUUUAAAGAUAAUUUAAUUGACCAGCAGACCCAACUGCAAAUUUAUUGAUCUGGUCUCAUUCUCUCUCCGAUUAUAAUGCUGUUUGUUGUCGUCAUCGACCUUAGCCUACUGAAAAUUAACUUAUUUUAAAGGUCAUGCCCGUGGCACAUUAAUACAUGUCUGGAAACCAGCGCCCGGCACCUGCAGAACUACAGAGCCCACAGAGAAAUGGAGAGAAAGAGCAGGCUCGAUAAUGAGAUGAAUUGUUUGUACUCGAAAUCCCCGGGCGCUCACAUUGAGAAAUAAGUGAGUGAGGAACCAGCGCCAUUCAUGUAUGCACCGCGCGAGCGCUGCAGUUCAGCACCAAAGGCUCGUGGACAGCGCGCGGAGAUUCCGGGUUAGCACAUUUCCGUGAAUUCAACCUGUGGCACUCUUUUAAAAUUUCGAAUUCCUUAUCUUGAACGGGGAGGGAAUUUUAAAAAUCCGGAGUUUUAAAGAGGUCUUAAAACCACAGCGUCGGCGUAAAAACUAGUCUGCGCGAGACAGCGAAGCAGCGAUUCUAACAGCCUGGGUUGUGUGCUACAGGAUUUCCGAACGCACCCUGGUCCUCCACAGCGGCUUUUUUUGUGAUGAAGUGCGUUUCGCGGUGAGCAGGUGUGUGAGGCGUCGGAGUUGUCUGACGAGGCGGUCGGAGGGCAGUGGAGCUGCCGAAAAGCCCGUCCAUUCAGAAGGAUGCUGGUGGGAAAUGCCUGGAGACAGAGAGGACGAGAUUUGUCAGAAGGCGCUGGAACUCUUGUCGGAUCUCUGCUCUAAGGGCGAAGUGCAAAGCGACAGCUGCUUGGAUUUCAUAUACUAUUUUCGUGAUCUUGCCAGACCGAGAUAUUCGGACUCAGAUGUGUCGGUGAGCCUGCUGUCCCUGGUGGUGACGGCCUGCGGCCUGGCCCUUUUCGGGGUUUCCCUCUUCGUGUCCUUCAAGCUGUGCUGGGUGCCCUGGCGGGGCCGCUGCCUCCUCCUGGUGGGCAAGGACGGGCAGGCGGAGCGCGAGACCGUCUACUCCGACGGCGACGGCGCCGCCGCCGACGAUGAGUACGGGCCGGACUGCGCCAAGGAGGCGGCGCUCGCGCCUGCGCCGGAGUCCGCCAUGAAGAUCAGCCACACCUCACCCGACAUCGCGCUGGAGGCCCAGUCCAAGGACAAGGAGAACUGCGUCCACAGUGCCCGCAUGCAGCGGCAGAUCACCGAGCCCACCUCGUCCGCGCGGCACAACUCCAUCCGGCGGCAGAUGAACCUGUCGAACCCGGACUUCAACGCGGCGCAGUUCCAGCGGCAGGAGUCCCUGCCGGGCCUGGGCCUGGGCCUGGGCCUGGGCCUGAGCCUGGGCCGGAUCAAGCCCGAGCUCUACAAGCAGCGGUCGGUGGACGGCGACGAGGGCCGGCGGGGCGGCGGCUGCGGGCGCCUGCACCUGGUCCUCAAGUACGACUGCGACCUGGAGCAGCUCAUCGUCAAGAUCCACCGGGCGCAGGACCUGCCCGCCAAGGACUUCUCGGGCACCUCCGACCCCUACGUGAAGAUCUACCUGCUGCCCGACCGCAAGACCAAGCACCAGACCAAGGUGCACCGCAAGACUCUCAACCCCGUCUUCGACGAGGUCUUCCUCUUCCCCGUGGCCUACGGCGAGCUGGCCACGCGCAAGCUGCACUUCAGCGUCUACGACUUCGACCGCUUCACCCGCCACGACAUCAUCGGCCAGGUGGUGGUGGACAACUUCCUGGAGCUGAACGACUUCCCGCGGGAGACCAGGCUCUGCCGGGACAUCCAGUACGUCACCUCGGAUAACGUGGACCUGGGAGAUCUGAUGUUCUCGCUCUGCUACCUUCCCACGGCCGGGCGGCUCACCAUCACUAUGAUCAAGGCGCGGAAUUUGAAAGCUAUGGAUAUCACGGGCGCGUCAGAUCCUUACGUAAAGGUUUCCCUAAUGUGUGAAGGACGGAGGCUGAAGAAAAGAAAAACAUCCACAAAGAGGAACACGCUGAACCCCGUCUACAACGAAGCCAUAGUCUUUGAUGUCCCGCCAGAAAACAUCGACCAAAUUAGCCUUUUAAUAGCUGUGAUGGACUACGACCGGUGCUCCUCAGCAGACUACAGUCUGAGUGCAAUGUGUGUCUUGUUAUCUUCUCCACCUGGCUCAGGUGACUCUUUAUGUUUUCUUUGUGUUCCACAGUGGGUGGGGCAAGGGACCACAGGCGGGAGCCAAGGAGGGUCCUGCAAUUCUCUGAAACCUCCACCAUCUCCAUAGUCAGAACCCCCCCCCCCCCCCUCCCCCUAGGGCCGUGAUGGGGGAAGGGCAACGAAUGCCACAAAAGAAAACACAGAGUCCAAGGUCAUCGCAGACGUGCACACGCUUUCAGAAGAAGACGACUUGAACCCCAUCCAUUCUGUGCCUAAAGGAGAGAUGUCUUUGCAUGGGGACGUUGAUUCAGUUGCAUGUUGAGUGGUCAUCCCUCAUUGUUUUCUAUUCAGUAAAAAAGAUAGAUGAACAAAAAUCUAAAGAUGCUACAGUUUUAUGAGAGCUUUAGUUUGAGAGUAAAUGUUUUCUACAUGGUCUUGGUGGUUUUUUUUUGUUUUUUUUAAACGUGCAUCUGCACCUCACAUUGUUAUUAUUAUCAAUUUAAAUCAUGAAAGGUUGGAUUUCUUUGAAUACAGUGCAUGGGUUCUUUUUUUGUGGGAAAGUUUCAAUUUUUGAUUCUCUUUGUUCAGCUUUUUGAGUUCAAAUAUGUGACAAAUUAUAUGAACACAUGUGAAAUGUAAUGUGGGUAUUUAUUUAUUUAUUUGUUUAUAGACCUAGUACGUAAAAUGUCCUUUAAAAUGUUAUUAAUAAAUAUUUAUAU